AUGUCGAACAACGUCGACUUUCUUGGCCGCGCUGUCAAUACCGUCAAGCAGGCCAUUGAGGCUGACAAUGCGGGCGAGUACGAGAAGGCCUUCAACCUCUACAAGCAGUCCCUUGAGGUCUUCGUCCUCGCCAUCAAGUACGAGAAGAAUGCAAAGUCCAAGGACCUCAUCCGCGCCAAGACCGCCGAGUACAUGGACCGCGCCGAAAAGCUGAAAAAUCACCUCAACGAAGCAGAAGCCAAAAAAGCAUCAGGGGGCAAAGGCGCCGUUGGCGCUAAUGGCAAGGGCAAGGAGGACAAGGACGGCGAGGAUGGCGAGGACAAGAAGCUGAAGAACGCGUUGAGCGGCGCCAUCCUCCAAGAGCGCCCCAACGUGCGCUGGGAGGAUGUCGCCGGCCUGGAGGCAGCGAAAGAGACUCUCAAGGAGGCCGUUGUCAUACCGAUCCGCUUCCCCAGUUUGUUUCAGGGCAAGAGGCAGCCGUGGAAAGGUAUCCUGCUAUAUGGACCACCAGGAACCGUAAAUGGAUGGGGCGAGAGUGAAAGGCUUGUCAAGACCCUCUUCGCCAUGGCUCGCGAGAACAAGCCGGCCGUCAUCUUCAUUGACGAAAUCGACGCCCUCUGCUCGCCUCGUGGCGAAGGCGAUUCCGAGGCAUCGAGGCGUAUCAAGACAGAGCUGCUCGUCCAAAUGGAUGGUGUCGGUAAGGACAGCAAGGGUGUUCUAGUCCUAGGCGCGACCAACAUUCCCUGGCAGCUCGACUCUGCUAUUCGACGACGAUUCCAGCGACGUAUUCACAUCGGUCUUCCCGACGCACCAGGCCGCGCGAGCAUGUUCAAAAUUUCAGUUGGCGAUACAGAAACAGACUUGACGGCAAAUGACUACAAUGAGUUGGCCAAGUCGAGUGAGGGAUACUCGGGCAGUGACAUUGCGAACGUGGUACAGCAUGCGUUGAUGAGACCAGUGGCGAAGAUUGUGCAGGCGACGCACUACAAGGAGAUCAUGGUCAACGGUGUAAGGAAACUGACACCAUGUUCACCCGGAGACCCAGCGGCGAAGGAGAUGAGCUGGCAUGACGUACAGUCGGAGGAGCUUGAGGCGCCAUCAGUGGAUGUUAAGGACUUCAAGAAUGCUCUGAAAGAGACGCCACCAACCGUCUCUAUGACAGAUGUUGUUGCGCAUACGAAAUGGACGCAGGAGCUUGGAAGCGAGGGCGCAUGAUGUGGCAUGCAACUCAUCGAGGGUCGGGCCAGCUGUGGUUUUGACCACAUGAAAUACGAGCAUCUCAAGCUUUCACGACAAACCUGAUUGGGCCUGCUAGUGCGAGACACUUUGAUUUCAGUCUAGGUAGGUCAUCAUCACAAGUCGCGUCGAGAUGAUGUCAGCAUAUGGGCAGAGGACGGCGUCUUGGGGCGUUACUUGUCUGCGGGAGGUGCCUUGGUAUUAGCAACUUGCAUAGCGACUGCGUGUCGCGCAGGGCCCUGUAUGUAUGUUCUUUACUGCGAUUUUCCAGCUCUCGAAUCGUGCAAAUCAAUCACUGUACAC